UUUGCUUGGUCUGCCAGCUUCUCACAUCGUUUCCUAUCUUCCUCUUCCGUCUCCCUCUGCAGUUUCCUCGUCGAUACCAGAAGGAGACCAUUUGUUGAAGCAAAAAAAGUAUAUAUUGUUCACGAUCGUCGUCGCCGGGGUUUCGAAUCGACGACGCCAUGCUCGAUGACGAUCAGUCCUUCCACGAUGGCAUCUCGAGCCCCAUAGCAGCGCACAUCCUCGACUUCUGCGACGAUGGCAGUGGCGGCGGCGACCUAUUCGCGGCGGUGAACGCUUCCUCCGACGUGUUCGCCGCCUCCUCGGAGGACGCCUCGUCGUCAUCCACCACCGCCACGCCUCCCCUCUGCAGCCACGGUGGCGACAACAUGUCGUCGUCAGGCGCGGCCACGGCCGCGGCCAACGCCUUUUCUCCCUUGCAGUCCCUGGACUCCACCCUCUCGGCGCUCCUCGAGGACGACCAGCCGCCCGGACCCGACGCCGAGCUCCUCCUCCCCAUAGACUACGCGUUUGGUGCGGACGAGACCCAGCGGGAGCAGCAACAGUUUAGUCAAAUGGUGCUUUCGGCGGCGGCCGCGGCAGAGCACCACCGGCCGGCGCUGCAGACGCAGAUGAGCAGCACGGCGUCCGACCUCAUGCAGCUCGCCUCGGGAUACACCGACGAGUGCUUCGCCGCGGCGUUGGCCGGAGAGUACAUGGGGCUGGACGAUACCGCCCUGUGCCAGCAGCAGCAGCCUGGUGGUGCGAUGCUCCCGUCGGCACUGGGUGACGCGGCGACGCAGGGGUGCUACGCGGCGACGCAGGGAGGUUUCUUCGGCGGCAGCGGCUGUGCCGGCACGGUGAUGUCGAUGAUGCUGGGGAUGGAGGAGAUCGGCGAGUACCAGAGGAUGAUGGAGGGCGCUGGCGCGCUGGUAGACGCCGACGCCUCAGCACAGAUGGCAUUCCCUGCCGCCUCGGAGAUGCAGAUGGGAAGCGGGAGCACCGGGCAGCUGCCGGCGUCGGCGUCGGCGGCGGGGGCAGAGAGCUCGAGCCUGGAGGACACCAGCUUCAAGGCCGCCCGCCUCUCCGUCGAGGAGAGGAAGGAGAAGAUCCACCGGUACAUCAAGAAGAGGAACGAGCGCAACUUCAGCAAGAAGAUCAAGUAUGCGUGCAGAAAAACCUUGGCGGACAGCAGGCCACGCGUCCGCGGGAGAUUCGCCAAGAACGACGAGUACUGCGAAUCAUCAAGGGCGAUCGGAUCACAGAAUCACGACGAGUACGAUCAGAUGAUUGGCGUGAAGGGAGAAGACAUGCUUGACCCUGAGGCGCUGGCGCACAUCACCGGGAUGAGCUCCUACAUGUACAACCACACCGUGGAGUCGUGGAUAUAACUGAUCACACAACAGAAGAUCGUUAAUUUCUUCCCCUCCUAUUUUGCAUGUGCAGAUCUUAACAGCAUGUUUUAACUAAAUUUUGUGGCGUGAAAUAAUUUUGUAGCUUUCGAAGGGCUGAGUUGAAUUUACCAUGUAGAGUCGAUCGGCCGUCUGUUGUGUCAGACAAUUCUGCUUUUCACUUGUUGCAGUUGCACUUCAUUCUUUCAGGUGAAUGCAUGUGAGGUUUUUAGAGUUUGCAGAGGAGUUAAUAGAAACACAGAUUUGAUCAUA